AGCACACGACACCAUGCCUCCUGCUAAGACUCUGCUGUGUCUGAUGGCGGCGGCGCUGGCCGCGGCGUCCGUGGUUCAUGCACAGGACAGGAUUAAGAUGUGUGGGCGAGAACUGAUCCGUCUGGCGGUCUCAUCCUGUGGGAACUCCCGGCUCAGGAGGAGCGUGCCGGACAGCUGGGCCGUCACCGAACUGGACCAGCAUCGCUUCGCCCUCCACUGGGACCGUGGCUCUGCUGCUGAGGAGCACCAGGCGUCAGAGGCUCCACAGUUCAAUGGGGGGAAGGAUGUCCGCUCCCCGGCCCCUCACUGGUACCCCGUGUCCUUUCGGGUCAGGCGGGCUGUUGGAAAGAUAUCUGACAUUUGCUGCGAGAAAGGAUGCAGCCUGAAGGAGCUGAUACAGUUUUGCUAGACGGAG